AAUUUCAUUCAUCCGUGCGUACGGCGUUAGUAGAAGCUCGGCCGGGGGUGCGACGCGGGGUGCACAUGUGACAGUCAAGUGAAUCAGGAGGGGGAAGACGAGUGUGCCCUGUGUGCCGAUUCCGUGCGAUUUUAUUUGUCGUUCGUUCGGUUCUGUCGGUUUUUUAUUGCUCAGUGAGUGAUCCGCUCGUGAAUUUCGGUUUUACAAUUAGUUUCACGCGCUAGCAUUAACGCAACAGACAGUUAACUGACUGCCGGAAAUAUCGUCAACGUCCAAUUUGUAAAUAGAAGUCACCCUCGCUGCUGGACAGAAUGUCUUCGGAGGCACCGACAAUUGCGAAUAAGGACGAGAAGGCGACCGAGGUGGCCACUGGCCCAACCGACGAGGAGAAGGCCGAGUCCUACAAGAACCUCGGCAAUGAGCACAUGAAAAAAAAGGAAUACACCAAGGCUAUCGAAUGUUAUACAGAAGCCCUCAAAUAUAAUCCACACAAUGCCGUCUAUUAUGCUAACCGAAGCUUGGCCCAUUUACGGCAAGAGAGCUUCGGUUAUGCUCUAUCCGAUGGUAUUGCGGCUGUAAAAGAAGAUCCCAUGUACCUGAAGGGUUACUAUCGACGAGCAGCGGCGCAUAUGUCUCUAGGAAAAUUUAAGCAGGCACUUUCAGACUUUGAAUAUGUAGCAAAAGUACGACCAAAUGAUGAAAAUGCCAAAGUGAAAUUUACUGAAUGUAAGAAAAUAGUUAAACGACAAGCUUUUGAACGGGCCAUAGCUGUGGACAAGCCAGACAAAACAUUGUCGGAAAUGUUUUCGGAUUUAGAGUUUAUAGCGAUUGAGGAUGAUUACAAUGGACCAAAGCUAGAAGAUGGUAAGGUUACGUUAACAUUCAUGAAAGAACUCAUGCAACAUUAUAAGGCUCAGAAGAAAUUACACAAGAAGUUUGCGUACAAGAUACUGUGUGAUAUUGACACAUACCUUCGAAAGCAACCCUCUCUAGUUGAUAUAACUGUUCCCGCUGAAGCAAAGUUCACAAUCUGUGGUGAUAUACAUGGUCAGUUUUAUGACCUUAUGAAUAUAUUCGAAAUCAACGGAUUGCCAUCAGAAACAAACCCGUACUUGUUCAACGGAGACUUCGUCGAUCGAGGCUCAUUUUCAGUUGAAUGUAUUUUUACACUGUUCGGUUUUAAACUUUUAUAUCCAAAUCACUUUUUCAUGUCCCGUGGCAAUCACGAGAGUAUUAAUAUGAAUCAAAUGUAUGGAUUUACCGGUGAAGUAACAGCUAAAUACACUUCUACGAUGGCGGAUAUGUUCACACAAGUAUUCAAUUGGUUACCGUUGUGCCACUGUAUCAAUAACAAAAUCCUCAUCAUGCAUGGAGGUUUGUUCUCAACCGACAAUGUAACAUUAGAUGAUUUACGGAAGAUUGAGAGGAACCGACAACCCCCGGAAGAAGGUUUAAUGUGCGAAUUAUUAUGGAGUGAUCCACAAGAGGCCAUUGGACGGGGACCGUCAAAACGUGGUGUAGGAAUACAAUUCGGACCCGAUGUAACGAAGAGAUUCUGCGAAAAGAACAAUCUAGAAUAUGUUGUUAGGAGUCAUGAAGUUAAGGAUGCCGGAUAUGAGGUAACACAUAACGGCCAAUGCAUCACUGUUUUUUCGGCACCAAAUUAUUGUGAUACUAUGGGCAAUAAUGGAGCAUUUAUAAAUAUUAAAGGCAAUGAUCUUAAGCCUAAUUUCACUUCAUUCGAAGCUGUGAGCCAUCCAGAUGUUAAACCCAUGGCUUACGCAAGUUCAAUAAUGAGUUUACUAGGGUAGUGGUAAUGCAAUUAUUAAUCUAAAGAAAUUAUGUUCAAUUAGCCGUAAUUGAAUCUGCGAAGAAAUAAACAAAACAAUAAUAAAAGCAAGACGAUAAAAGUAA